UGUACCAAGUUAAAGAACAACUCAAGACUUGAUAGCAUCUAAAUUGUAAAUUCUCUCUCACUCUGAAAGGCCUUACAAACUUUCGUGUCGUUGUUGGUUGAUUGCAGAGAAAUGGAAAACAUUAAAGAUCCAUCAAUCUACCGCAACCCAGUCAUAUUGCAGAGUGAGGACUUGACAAAUUAUAUAUUAGAGACUGCUGUUUACCCUAGAGAGCCGGAGCCUCUCAAAGAGCUGAGGAAAGCCUCUGAGACUCACCCUUGGGGUUUCAUAGCUACUUUACCUGAGGCUGGUCCACUAAUGACUAUACUUUUGAAGCUUUUGAAUCCCAAAAAGACAAUUGAAGUGGGAGUUUUUACUGGAUACUCUCUUCUCCUCACUGCACUUAAUAUUCCUCAUGAUGGAAAGAUUACAGCCAUAGACAUUGACAGGAAAACUUAUGAAAUUGGAUUACCGGUGAUAAGAAAGGCUGGAAUGGAACACAAGAUUGAUUUCAUUGAGUCUCCAGCUCUACCAAUUUUGGAUAAACUGCUAGAAGAUCCAUCAAAUGAAGGAAAUUUUGACUAUGCUUACGUUGAUGCUGACAAAAAUAACUAUGUAAAUUACCAUGAAAGACUGAUAAAACUAGUCAAAGUUGGUGGCUUACUUAUAUAUGACAACACUCUUUGGGGUGGAAGAGUUGCAUGGCCUGAAGAAAAAGUUCCACCACAUGCCAAAGUAGGAAGAACAGCAGCAAUUGAAUUCAACAAAGCAAUCAGAGAUGACUCUCGUGUUGAUUUUUCUCUCAGUUCUGUUGGUGAUGGACUCACUAUUUGUAGGCGUAUUGUCUAAGUUUUAAACUAAGGUUAUUUGACUAUGACCAAUCUUGUGUUUUUUCAUGUACUAGAGCUUUAUCAAGUUGCAUUUUGUGUUUGUCAUAAAAACUUAGAAUUAUACAAAUUAAUUACUGUUUUCUUUGUCAUAAUUGAAUUAAUCGGAUUAAUCGUAAUACAUAUAGAGUUUCAAGAGAGAAUUUUAGCAUAUCAAUUUGUGGUGGCAUAGUUAGGUAUAGUUUAA